AUGAUUUCCAUGCAACGCUCGCUUUCGUCGCCGGUUCGCACACAGUCUCCUACAUUGCCUGCAUCUCCAACCCGCCCCUGCGGGCCUGCCAGUCCGUCGUCCGCUGAAGAUCAAAAAGAUGUCUCCCAGGCAAGCUGUUACCGAUCCCGCACGCCGCCUCGAUCUCCAGAAGUCUCGCAACAGACCAUACCCUUGCGUCAUACCGAUGGAAGCAACCGCUGGAGCUACCAACGGACACAUUCUGGCCUGACAAGCUCACGGCGGCCCUUGGUAGCACAGCCCGAUGUCCCUGUGCAGACCAACGACCGGUGCAACUCAAAUGAGCAACUAACUACACCUCAUAUCGAGCCGCCUAGUGAAAGAGCCUCUCGGCACCUUCGUACUCAACCGUUGAUUGUGGAUGUGACCCAAUAUACCAACCCUCACCUGACCAAGGAUGACGAAAACAUCACACUGCAGGAGCUCGCCCAUGUUGUGCGCCUGGCCAAAUACCAAGAGCGCAAGCGCGCUAAUACUCGGGUGCGCUUGCAGAGAAGUCUAAUAUCCACAGCCUUGAGUGCCCGUCUUACUCGGUGUGGUGAUAUUGCCAACCGUAAUCUGGUGGAUAGCUUCCGAAAGGACGACAAGGAUGGCUUUGCAAUGCUGUAUAACGCAAUACAGGACGUCCGAAAAAGCUGCGAUGAGCUGCGCCGAUAUGCCCUACUGGAGCCAGACAUGGAACCGCUGUCGUCGCCCGCUCUUGGUUCUUCGGAAAGCCUUGAUACUCCCACCAGCUCCGUUGUUGGCGUUGCUCCGCCGAGGUCAAUUACCCCCUUUCUCCAUGAUAUUUCUGCUACGUCCAGGGAUACCAUUUUGGAUUUCUUGUCAGAGCUGAGGACAAACCCUGAUUAUCUGGCCACACGAAUCUGCGCCCUCUCAAGCUCCGAGUUGAACGCUUUCCUUAGCUUUCACAAGGGAAUGGAGCCAGUGGAAUCCGUUUUGCCAUACCAUGGGAGGUCUGCUAGCAGGCAUCACGCAGGUGUGUCGUCUAGCCGAAGUAACGCAACCUCCGAUAUAGAACGUCUCUUGUCAUUUCAGCGUCAUGAUCCUUUGUCUAUUUUAAUACACUCCUGCUUUGCUAAUUCUGCCGGUCCGGAUAGCACCGAGGAUCAACGACGAACUGAUAUUUGGGCAACAACGCUCGCCCGACUCAUCCAGCAGCCCAAGUCUAGCAGUGAACAUUUCCUAAUUUCUGUGCUCAAUAUAUGGACCGGGAUGCGUGACUGGUCCGGCAAAUCCAAUAUGGAAUGGUAUCUUAUGAAGAUCCUCGAGGAAGGUGCCUUCAUCCUUGACCGUGCCGAGGACCAACAUGGUACGCGGUUUAAUCUUUCAGACUGGAACUCCUCUGACGAAGUUGCUGCCAAGGAGUUUUACGACAGGGCCGUUCAGGGACUUUUCGAACUGAUUGAUGACGAGGAUGCGACAGGGAUCCCCGAAGGUCUUCUGGAGCUCGGUAAUGCGAUCGUCAAGAAACUGGACAACAAAUACGUGGAAAACACAUCUCGAUGGCUUGUCUGGAGAUGUCUUUUCUUUGUUUUUCUUUUGGGAGUAAUCGUCCACCCUGAAUCCUAUGGCAUGCUGGCUGAAUAUCACAUCACCCCUUAUGCGAGGGAAAAAAUCCUGAAGAAAGUUGCCAUGAAAGCUCACGAAUAUGUUUCUAGCAUGUGGAGUGGCAAGCCUUCUGCCACUUGUGUGCCAGUGGAAGUGCCUCCACAGAUCAAGGGCCACGUAGAGAGGAUUCUUGCCAGGUUCCAAGGAUCCCGUUCCAAGACUCUUUCCGCAAAGCUUCUUCCUGCCCGAUCCAUUACUUCCCUGAGAGAGACCGUGGAGGUCCAUCCGUACUUGGUCCUCAGCCCAUCCGACCUGGCCACUCUAGCCAAUGCAUUGUUUCCUGAGCGUCGACCCAUGUCUUCCAUGUCCAACACUCUCCGAUCUGGCGCCGCCUCCAUAUCUGGGCUGUCAGCUAUUUCACAACAAGUCGCCACGCCCAAUCCUCGGAACAGUAACUUGGAGACUGCAUCCAUCAUUAGUACCAGCUUUUCGUCCGUGGUCAGCGAUGGAACAACGGCCCCGCGAGAAGGGUCACAAGAUGGCCAACCACAUACGCCCUCUCAACGGAACUCUCCUCCGUCUGCUGACCCUGAUGCCCAGAGAAAACUAAAUCAUUACGAGGACGAUGGCUACCGUCUACGACUUGCUAUGCACGAGUUGAACCAAAAUUUAGGGCCCGAAGCGGUCAAAGGAACCUGCCACCCAUGCGCUGAGCGAUGGAUUGUCCUCUUUCUAUCGCCCGAUGGUAAGAAGUUAUCGACUUCCAUGACUUAUGACCCAGAGGACGAGGCGGACGAGGACGAUAACUCCUCAAAUACCGACACAGACGAGGACGAGGACACUAAAGGCCCGGAACUUAACAAGGAUUAUCACCAAAUCCGGGACGCAAUCCUUAGACUGGUGGAGGAAUAUGAGAUUCCCAGAAAUUUGGAAGCAGAAGGCGAUCGUGCCCCCCAAUUGACCAAUCGAGCGUCCAGGCUCCGACGAUACAAAUCGAAGAAUAGAAUCAUUACAACAGAAAAGUCAGUCUCAACUCGAAAUCCACAUAGUCCUCAUGAUAGCAACAGCAGGUCGAACAAUGCUACUUCGGGGGACUCGGCACCGCGAGAUUCCGCUGUCCGAAUAGCCAGAGAGGAGGAUGAAGAACCUGUCCUAGUCAAGAUGCUCAGGGCUGCUUCGUCGCAAUCCAAGGCACAGGCUGAUUUUGUUUCAGCUCAUGUCUAUUGGAAGACGCUCAAGAAUCUCUGCGCCCUUGAAUCGCCUUCUCUUCGUGCGAAUGGAUUUGCAGUAUUAAUCAACAUAUUCUCCCGUGGCCCACGUGACACUAUCAGAAGAUCUGCAGCAGCCAUUGAGGAAUACGACGCAUGGUUGGUAUGGCUUAAGCAGAGUCAAGAACGCCACGAGGGUUCAAUAGAUCGCAUGAUGAGGCGGGUUCGGGCAAUGCGUGACAAGAUGUGGUUUGUUACAGAUGUGCGAAAUUCCAAAGAGUAUGGCCAUAGUCGUGAUAUCUGCCAAGCUUUGAAGACGAUGGGAAUGCCGCGGAGAUGGAGCUCCAUUCAAAGGUCUCGAGCAAACGUUAGUCGUGCUCCGGGUUCUUCCUAUCUUUAUCGCACCGAGUCACAAAUCAUGGACCUUCUGGCUGCGUCGGAGGAGCAGGGCGGCCCUAACAAGCUGAGCGACGACCAGGCGGAAAUGACAUCCAAUUGGCUGCAACAGUACGGGAUCGAGAAUUUCUGUCAUGGAGAAGAGCGCAUACAUCGAUUUUGCUGCGAGGUGGACAAAUGUAUAUCUAAGCUCGUGGGAGAGACUAUUCGGGAUGCACCCGUAUUGUGGUCAAGCGACUUGUAUAAACGGGAGAAGGUCGUUUAUGACCGGAUGAGAGUCCGCGAGAGGGAUCAGUCAUGGUCUGGAGAUGAUACGGCAAGUAUUUUGAGCGACGGCGAAAGGCGGUUGGGUUCGCCGUCAUCCAGACCAUCUUGGAUGAUGCGUGAACCCGAGAGGGGGAAAUUUCCGAAUAGCCCGAACGGGAGUCAACAUGCUCUGGACAUGCCCCGAAUCAAUUUUGCGAGGCCGACUGCCUCUCUGUCUGAUGUGGUGGAAAAUCAUGAUGCUUUUGAAAAAUCGUCACCCGUUAAUACGGUCGAUUCUAUGAGUACGUUCUGGUCUCCAUUCCAGCCAGUCAUGACGCCGGGGUCUGGUAUGUCUAGGGCGUACUCUCCCACCACAAGUCUCACAAAUGUUUCAACGACCUUCUCCGGGGCUUCACAUCACUUUCCCUUGCCUUCGAGCUCUAGCGUCUCUACGGGGCGUCCUGGUACAUCGGCAUCUUCUAACGAGACAAUCUUCCAACAGCGGGCUGAAGACGAGAAAUCUCGCUUCUUGAACGAGCUGCGGCAAACGCUGACGAGUCUGUUGCUGUCGGACCUAGGGAGCCAAGUCUUGGCCCGUGGGUCUGAAACAGACGCCUGGUUCCAUGGAUUGGGACAGCAAUUUAUAGAUAGAAAGGAUGCCCUUGAUCAUGCUCGACGACGUCCAGAAAGGAAGGACAAGGAAGUGGGCGGCCGGAGCUCCACGAGGCCAAGGGUGAUUGAAAAAAAAAAGAGCUUUAGAAAUUUGAGAAAUGCUGGCGACAGCGUAUCUGAACGAUCUGCUGAUGUGCCCUUGGUUGGCAUGGCAGAUGAAGCAGGCACCACCGGGACUGGAAAUGGGAGCAAAACCAAAGAGGCUACAACCGACUUUCCCUUCAAGAAGGCGUACCACCGGCUCCUCAACAUGUUUAGUGUGAACCCCAAUCCCUUUGCCAAACUCAAUGCUCUCAAUGAAUUGGAAAAUCUCAUCACUGCCUCGUUGAUGUGGCAUGGUUCUAAAAAGCUUAGAGCAAAUCGGUCCGACGCAGGUUCCAGUACAUCAUCGGAUCGCGGACCAAACAAUCGCCAAACGCCUCUGGAUGGCACGAUUGACAACGUAAAGGAGCGCCGAUCCCAGGCUAUCCAGUCUGUAUUUCAUCCAGCAGGAUACGGGAACCAACCACGACAAGCUAACGCGGAGACGAAAUCAAUCUCCAGCGGUUCUUCAAGUACUGAUGCCAUUACCAGCGAGCUUCAGAGGCUUUUUCGGGAUGCUGGAAUUCGACCCAAGUCUUUGUUUCGCGAUCUUCAGCUUAUUGCGGCGUUUGUGCCAUCAACAAUUCUCGACAAGCCGGAGCGAGGCAAGGCUUUUUGGAACGUUGGCUUGGCUGCGUUGAAGCUCAAGUCGGAGGUUUGCCGGACCAUGGUGGAAAUAGCUGAUAAUGUUAUUGAAGUUCAUACUCGGCCUCGAAAUCCUGUCAACGACGGCCACAUAUUGUCUGAAUCAAAGCCAUCGGUAACGGGCACACCGCCUCCACCACCAACUAUAUACAAUUUGCAUGAUGCGGGGAAGAUGUGUGUAAUCACUGCCAGAGAGGGCUAUCCAGCGGCACAACGCGAGCUUGCUCUGCUUUAUAUGUCCAACCCAGAAUGUGUCGAGCGCACAACUUUGCCACUCUCUAAACCUCGGGAAGUAUUCAAACAGGCUGUCAUGGAGAGUUAUGGAAGAAGUGAAAGGACACGUGGAAGUUAUGGAGCAGCAGGGCCAGCUGGUCUCGCCAAUGCUAGCAUGAAUACGCGGGCAAUGGGACCUGCUAACUCAGCGGGAGAUGGACCGGCGCUGGGUGGCAAGGAUAGCGAUGCCAGGAAUGACGUGGGACUGCUGUGUAUUGCUAUUCACUGGAUGGAAGCAGCAGAGCAAGGUGGUGAUGAUUUGGCGGCAAGAUUCUUGCGACAGAAUGACUUUACCGAAAUGGGAUGA